CUCACCCUGCUGGCUGCCCUUCUUUUGCUGCAGCCCAGGAUACAGUUGACCUUCUGGGAUGUAAGCACACACUGCUGGCUCAUGUCAAGCAGCUGUUGUCUGAGGGUGGCUGUUGACCUGAGUACACAGUCCAUCCAGUGUCCUGGGGGGCUCCAGCCAGCCCAGCUCUUGGAAAACUUAAGUGAGAUCAGAUGCGUACAGAUGAACGAUACUGACAACACACCUACAUAGCUUUGUUUCAGUAAGACAAAAGCUAAUAAGGCCUCUGCCUGUUCUCAUGAUUUCAAAUCUCUAAAUGUAUAGAUAGCUGUGAUUGUGAGUUUGUAAAUAAGAUCAGUCAGGAAGAGGCCUUAGAAAAGAGAGUGCCACUGGUCAAGCUUGUCUGUAGGCAGUACCAGUCUCCGAAGUCCUGAUGGAAGAGGAGGGUUUGCUAGCAGGGUGCAGAUGGGAAGUCUGCAGUUCAGGCUAUGGAACCUCAGUGGAAAACGGGGCCACAGGUGUAAAGAGUAGAAUUGCUAUGACAAGCCAGUGUAGAAAGCAGGAUAGGUGAAGGCAUGCUGCAGGGAUAUAAAACAACUGGAAUUUUCUUAAUUGCCAGGAACUUUGUGCUUAAAUUAGGUUAUUGCAGUCUGUUUGAGCAGCAGCAAAGCUGUAAAUGGUGAAGGUGAGUUGAUGUUUGACGGGAUGGGGCAGAAUCUGAGUUGAACUGUAGGCAAGUAUGAGAGCAACAAAGAAACGAGCAGUACUUGUGGCUGUCCAUGUCCAGACCACAAAAAACAUAUGGACAGACUUUGUAGAGCCUCUUCUAUUUUGUCAGUGUGAAUUCUUCUGUUUCAAGAGCUGUCUAUAUUUUCCAUGCACAACUCCAUAACUGCUGUAAAUAAUGAAUUCUUUUCCUUCCUGUUAUACUUAUGCUCUUAGACUUAAGCUUAGACUCUCUGUGUGCUCAGAAUGACAAAUAGCUUCAUAUUGCAUAAUAAUAUACGUUAGCUCUGUUUUAGUAGCUGUAAUGUAGGGUGUUCACUCUUCUUGAGUAUAUAGGUUAAAGAAUGUACAUUCUGUUCAGCUGAGCUGAUUUAUGUUUCAGUGUUCAUGAUGCAUUUUUUCCUCUCUUUGGUAGCAUUUUGUGGUAUUGUGACCAUUCCUGAUCACGCAGAGAGAUGCUAUCUUUAUUUUUUUAGUAUUAUUUAUUGAUGAGUUCCUUAAGCAACAAUGGAACUUGAAGUUCUCACAGCCUGAACAAAGGGAAUAUUUUUCUCCAUUCUCUCCCUUUUGGCUUCCUGCUGGCAUAAUAUGUUGCCAUUCUAAAUAUUCAAGGACUUGUUUUGUUCAUCUGUCUCUUUUGGGUUUUUCUUUUGUUUUGCUGGGUUUUAGCUUUUUAGCAAGAUUGCCAUCAGAUUGAGCCUUUUUAAAGGAAAGGGCAUAUGCUCUUGGGCCUUCUCUUGACAGCUUAUUAAAAAAAAAAAUCACAGAAACUGACUUCUUCCUCAUUCUCUGCACCUUGUUAUUUCCGUGUUUUUGGAUUCAUUGCCAGAUUAAACAGACAAAACAAAACCUGACUGUCCAGUCUGAAAAUCAGUAUUUCAUGAUGUUCAUGUACAUAACAUUCUGAGUUUUCCCUGUGAGCCAAGCCCCCAGCUUGACCCCUACGGCCCAUGUGCUUGAUGAAUCAUUGUGGUACCUUGUGGGAUGCGCUGCUCAACAAUCAAGGGAAUGUGGUCCAUGUGGGAAGGAAACCAAGUGCAACAUAAGAUGAGUGAUACUUCUGUUGCAGACAUACCAGUGUCAGCUCUGAAGUAUGUCUUUUUUAGCCUGUUUAGACUUUUUUUUCUUAACAGAAAUCAUCACUUUAUUUCAAUAGCAGAAGCCAUUUUAUCUAGUUCUUAAAUGACUUUUGGUUGAAAAACAGCUAUAUGUAUAUAUAUUUUACAAGUCUAUUUUAAGCACGAUGUGACGCAUGCUAUAAGCAGUAUGCCUUCCUCAUCCUGACACUAAACCUGUGGUUAUACAUUUGUAGUGAAGCGAGACACCAGGGAGCAGCCUCUGACUGUACUGUAUUCCCUGGGCUGCACACAUGUGUUGGCAAGGGAGUUUGUAGCCUCUCCUGAAGUCUGCCAGCUUUUCCUUGACUGCUGCGUUAACGGCCUUCUGCCUGGGUUGGCUCGGAGCCACCUGAACAACUUCCACUUCUAUUGCCAGCCUGCAGGGAAGAGAGAAAUAACGCAAACCAGUGGUGGAAAGUGUUCUGCUUUGGAUUUGCUGUAUCUAAGAUAUCGACAUAUGUACGUAAAUGGGAGCGAAGUUAAAUGUUAUUUUGCAGAGCGUUUCUUGGUUAAGCACUAACUUCUGCGUUCAUGCUCUUUCCAUCACACCAGUGACUUCUGUGAGAGUAAAAGGAUCUGGAAUUUCACCCCUUGAAGAUGACGAAGAUGCAUAUGCACGCAGUAGAUAUAAAGAAACACCAUGGUGCUCUCCCAUUAAGGUGAAACAUGGUUAUGCAAACUGCAGGACACCGCAAGGGGAAUAUUACAAGAACGUACUGGGGACGAGAUGUGAUAUUCGUUGCCAAAAAGGCUAUGAACUGCAUGGCCCUCAGCAGCUCAUCUGUCAGUCGAGCAAACGCUGGUCUGGGAAAGUGCUCUGCAAACAGAAGCGCUGCCCCACGCUCUCCAUGCCAACCAACGGGGGCUUCAAGUGCUUGGAUGGUGCCUACUUUGGCUCCAGGUGUGAAUACUACUGCUCACCAGGGUACCAGCUGAAAGGCGACCGCAUAGUGACGUGCAUGGACAACAAAGCUUGGAGUGGCCGGCCAGCUUCCUGCGUGGAUACAGAACCUCCGAGAAUCCAGUGCCCCAGCGUGAAGGAGAAAACUGCAGAGCCCAACAAGCUGACAGCCAGAGUGUUCUGGGAUACCCCGGAGGGAAGGGACACUGCUGAUGGGAUUUUAACAGAUGUUAUUUUGAAAGGCCUGCCACCAGGGUCACAUUUUCCAGAAGGCGACCACAAAAUCCAAUAUACUGUUUAUGACAGAGCUGAAAAUAAGGGUACUUGCAAAUUCCUUGUUAAAGUCAGAGUCAGGCGCUGUGUGAAGUUAAACGCUCCAGAUAAUGGCUACAUCAAGUGUUCUGGUGAUGGAAAUAACUAUGGUGCUACGUGUGAAUUUUCCUGCAUUGGAGGCUAUGAGCUGCAAGGAAGCCCAGCUAGAGUGUGCCAGUACAAUUUGGGGUGGUCAGGAGUGGAGCCAACCUGUGCACCCAUGAAUAUUAAUGUGAAUGUGAGGACUGCAGCUGCACUUCUGGAUCAAUUUUAUGAGAAGCGGAGACUGCUAAUUAUUUCAACUCCUACUGCAGCCAACUUCUUCUACAGGAUGCAGUUAGGAAUGCUGCAGCCGGCACAGUGUGGCUUAGACCUGCGACAUGUUACUGUCGUUGAACUGGUUGGUAUCUUCCCAGCACAGAUAGGAAGGAUAGGUGUAAAGCUGCUGCCCCCGUCCCUUGCACUGCAACUCAGACUGUUGCUGAGGAUCCCCCAUUAUAAUUUCAACAUUGUGGUGAUGGACAAGCACGGGAUGGACAAGGAACGCUAUCCUUUCCCAGCAACACCAGCUGAGCUCUUUGCACUUAUUGACAAUUUUCCCUUGAGAAAAGAAGAGAUGAAACUACAAGCAGAAAUUGGCCAGUCGUGUCCCUAAUUCAGAAUUGCAGGGCUUGCAUUUGCCAGUGAAUUUUUUAUCCACAUAAUUCUUCCCUUGGUGCUACACAAAGCAUGGCUUUUUAAUCACUGAUGUACAGAUUUGUUGUGUGUAUCAUUAUGUCUGUGUAGCUGCCCUGCAUGGGCGUAUGCAUGAUGCUUUUUUGUACUUUCAAAGCAUAUCUUUAGAGAAAUGUGUAUGUAGGAUUACCACCUGAUAGAACUUCUUGUACAGACAUCCAAGAACUGAGGUACGUCUCCUGGGAUUUAUUUUGGAUUUUUCAUUCAGUGUAAAAUUGAGGUUUCGUUCUUACGGUUUAUAAGUCUUUUAUUAAUAAAAUAUUGUUUUGCAAACAAA